UCAUUUCUUGAGUUUUCGGUUUUGUGAUUUUCAUGCACGGACGAUCGUUGCGAGUGUCUUUCACAAGGCGAGUUGAACGUUUGUCGUGCGGCACAUCGAACGUAUAAGACAGGUAUCACGUACGAUCGCUAUGUUGGCCUCGGAGAAGAGCAUAUCGAUAUCUAACCUAGAUAAGUUAUCGAGAUCGACGCGUCUCUUGCUCAGCUAUGCGAGUUUUCGUUUGCGCGGCCGAAAUGGAUCGCUGGCGUUUUCAUCUCGUAUCCCGCUUCAUUCUCUCAUCGAAAUGCAGCGAGAGCGCAACACAUAAACUAUCGACAUCAGGUGCGCACCUUGUUCGUGAGCGGUUUGCCGAUGGACACCAAGCCGAGGGAGCUCUAUCUGCUUUUCAGAGCGUACGAGGGGUAUGAGGGGUCGCUGUUAAAAGUCACGAGUAAAAAUGGGAAAACAGCGUCGCCGGUGGGAUUCGUGACUUUUCACACGAGGGCAGGCGCGGAGGCGGCGAAGCAGGAUCUGCAGCAGGGGGUUAGAUUCGAUCCUGAUAUGCCACAAACCAUACGUUUGGAAUUUGCAAAAAGUAACACAAAGGUUAGCAAACCCAAGCAACCAGCCGCUGCAGCAGCCACCUCGCACCCCGCUCUGAUGCACCCUUUAACGGGACACCUAGGGAGUCCGUUCUUCCCCGGUGGUCCUGAAUUGUGGCACCAUCCAUUGGCGUACUCUACAGCCGGCGAAUUACCGGGCACGCUGCAACAUGCGACGCUGGUGCAUCCGGCGUUACAUCCUCAGGUCCCCGCGCCUAUGUCCCUGCCGCAUCCUACGACGUUGACGUCGAUACACGCGUCGCUGCCUCAUUUUCUACCAUCGCCAGCACUGGCGUCACCAGUCGGAUCACCCUCGUCACAGCCGAACAUAGCCGUCAGCAAUGCGCAAUGCUCCACCCUCUUCGUGGCGAACCUGGGUCAAUUCGUGUCCGAGCAUGAGCUAAAGGACAUCUUCAGCAGUUUUCCUGGUUUCUCCCGGCUUCGUAUGCACACGAAGGGAGGGUCGCCAGUGGCCUUUGUCGAAUACCAAGACGUUCGCUACGCGGCCCAGGCGAUGGCCACUCUCCAAGGAUCCUUUCUCCUCUCCUCCGACCGGGGAGCGAUACGAAUCGAAUAUGCAAAGUCAAAAAUGGCCGAGGUGGGCUUUACAAAUCUCUGGAUCGAAGGAUCAAAGAGACAAGAAAACGGCCAACCUUAAGAUCGACAUCAACGGCAUGUAAAAAAGCAGAGUAUCGGGCGACCCAAGGAAAUGACAGGACGCGCUCUCGUAUAUAUAUAGGACAGAAUAUCCACCGGAAGAUUAGACGGAAGAACCAUACAAGAAGUCGCACACUGUCGAGUAGUUGAGGAUUCGUCGGCGAGAGAUCGCAGGGAAUGAAACGUAGGACGCGGAAGUAAAUACAUAUUCACACACAUACAAGCGAGAAAGAAAGGAAGAGGAGAAAUACAAAAACUGUGAGGAGUUGGAAGGGCGGAAGGGAUAUAGCGAACACAUCGGUAGGCAAAUUCUUGUAAAUUCUUCGACAUUGCAGAGUGGAGGCGUGUUGGUUCGCGCGACUCUAGCGGGGGGCCCAAUAUAAUCACGUAAUAAUUCCUAGGUAUAUAUAUUUUUUAAUGAACUUAACUUAUCGAUUCGCAUACCUACCUUUACCUACUAUUUAUUUUCACCGUGUCUUUGAUCGCGAUCGACGACGACGAAGCGAGAGACAGGGGCAGGGUUGACAAAAAUGGGGCAGAUGGAGCAUCGAAGAGAAGGCAGAGAAACGAAAAAGCAAGUGAAGAAGCGACGAUUUUAUUUCUUGUAUGUGUAUACAUAUCUAAAGAAGAAUGGCACUCUUCGCAGUCACACGCGUAUGUUACAUCGCGAUUUUAUUUACACUUACAUGUAAACGUAUACAUACAAACGAAUACAUUUACACAGAACAGUCGUGAAGAUUUUUUCAGAUAUAUGAUGCCACUCUGGGGGAUGCAUUUGCGACAUACCAUGAAAAUUGCAUUUGAUGAUAAUCUAUUAAGUACUUUGAAAAAAAGACAAAUUUGUUAAGUAAGUCAUUACAUCGAGCUCGAGCUUUUUAAAUUGUUGAUAUCGUUGGAAAAGUAAUAAUUGUAAGAAUCGAGUCUCGCAAAAAUUAAGUUCAUUAACGCGCGAUUAAAGCGUAUUGGUAGGCAUGAUGCGAAUCCUAGUGGCGAAAUUGCGUAUUCCAUACAUUGAAACGAAACAAGCGAGGCGAAAAUGAGUACAUCAAGCUUAAUACCAAAGGUGCCCUAAGAAGCGUGUAUUUAUGUUUUAUCAUCGGCGCAUCGCGCGAAGCACGAGCGCGAGUAUACAUUUAACUAUUGUAUCUUGUUAAGAAGAGUCUAGUGUCCUAGGUGAGCGUGAAGAAAAUAAGACAGAGAGAAAGAGGAGGGGAGAGAGAGAGAGAGAGAGAGAGAGAGAGAGUGUGUGUGUGUGUGUGUGUGUGCGUGUGCGUGUGAACGUGAAGAAGAAAGAAAGAAAGAAAGAAAGAGGAAGUCCGAGCAAAAGUGCAAAUGAAAGUGAAGUUGCGAAUGCGAGAGAAUAUGCAUAGCGACAGGAAGAGAAAAAGAGCAAGUUGAAAGAAUAGUAAGAGGUGAGAGAACGUGACUGUACGUAAUAAACUUAUGCAUAUAUAUACAUAACGAACGCGAACAUAUCAUAGGGUUAAGCCUGUAGAUGAAAUUAAAGUGUGGCGAGAGGAGAAUUUGAACGACCGUCCGCUUCUCCAUAAAAUAAAAAAAAUGAGAGAGAGAGAGAGAGAGAGAGAGAGAGAGAGAGAGAGAGAGAGAGAGAGAGAGAGAGAGAGAGUGUGUGAGUGAGUGAGUGAGUGAGUGAGUGAGAGUGAGAGCGGACGGAAGAAAAGAGGGUAGUAGUGAUGUGCCCCGCGUGUUAGAAACGGCGGCCAACUCGGCACGUAAUUUGCCCAAGUGCCUUUCUGUUGGUCGAGUCACAAGCUGUAAUCGGUAGCGCGUUACACACAUAGAUCUUGUCCCGAUUUUUCGAACUCCCAAAGAAAGAAUUCCCGGCGCUUCUCUAAACGUGCAACCGUAUCCAAAAUACAUCCCAGUCGCCUCUCUUUCGCCACUCAUUUUUCUCCUUCCGCAUUCUACUCUUACUUUUUUGAUGGCGGAAAGCUGCAACGAGGAUACAUUGAAGAUCUCAUAACGAUUCGAAGAUUAAAGUUUUUUUUUUUUAGCGAGACUUUGAGUGAAAUGUGUUUUUGUGGAAUGAUUCAACCAAUUUAUGAAAAUUUAUAAAGCUGUCUUGUUUGGCAGAAUUGAAGUUUUUUUUUACUUUAUUUCUAUUCAUGCAAAAUGAAAGAAUUACAUGACUAUUGUGUUUGUGUAUUAAUACGCAUUAUAAGAAUAUUAUAAAUAGAUCUUAACGAAUAGCUAUAACGAAAAACAGUUAAUAGAGUGGGGCAACUUUUGGUAAUAUUAUGCAGCUUCCGCCGAUGAAUCCUCGAGUUUCACGACCAACCUUUAUAUCUCCCAUAUCUCUGGGCAUUUAUUACAUGCAUCCGCAAUUAACAACAGUGGAAGUUAUUUAAGAAGUAAAAAAGCCGCCGAUUAAACAGUGGAUUAUAUCGGUAAUGGCGAUCAUCCAUCGGCGCACUCGGGCAAAUCGAUCAAUUAUCCAUCAUUGAUCACCUGUCAUUGUCAUCAUCGAUCGUCAAGUCAUGAUCGCGCCAGUAUGUUCUUUAUUUUUCUACGGAAAGCGACUGGGGAGCACUACAUUAGAAAUAUCACUCUGCGAUAUUAAGACUUGACGAACACAUGAUAGAUCCGAGUACACGCGUGAGAAUGAAAAGAAAUAGUGAAACAAAGUAAAAGAAUAUUACUGUCAGGCAGCAAUGUAGGAAUUUCCACUUUAAUCCUUUGCACUCUUACUAUCGAGUCCUACUUUACAUAUCAACGUAGGUUAUUGGAUGGAGAAGGAUUGAAAAUUGAUAUUUUGUAAUGCUACAAAUUUUGAAUUUAACGCUAUAAUUAACUGACAAGCCACUGCGAUAAAAUGUAAUUUACAAAACUUUAGGAAGUAUAAUCUAAAUUGUAAUUGAAUCGAGGCCUUACAAUUCAAGGAGCAGUGAAACAGAUUAAGAUUUAAAUCCACGUAUAAGAGUAUCUAUCUCAGAUAUUCGAAAAUAAAUGAUUGUAAUUAAAUAAUGAAAAAAGAACUUGAUUAGCGUAUCAUUGCGGAUGAAGUAGUUUUCAUGCGCUUAGAACCAGACUUAUACACAGUUGGCCUUCUUCUUUAAAAGAGUAUUAUAACGCUCUGAAUUAGUGUAUCUUUUGCAAUUAAGAAAAAUAAUAUAAAUUAUACAUUUGAGUGCAAAGGGUUAAUGGAAUAAGUCAGUAUAAAAGAUAAAAGCUAUAUGUAUUUGAAAUCCAUUAUUUACGAAUAUAUCAAGAUAAAUACCAAAAAGGGGACAAGAAAAUAAAUAUAACGAAGAAAGGAUAAUGAGAAGUAUAGCAAACAAGUAUUGGAUAACGUGGCCGUGAUCGCUCGAGUAUCGUGAUCGCGAGGGAUGAUCGUCGAACUUGGAAAGAUGCGAGGAUGCGGCGCGGCAAACGCAUUAUUCGGUGUAUUCAAUAGCUCGUUAUUUUGUAAUUAGCCAUUAAGAGGCGGAUUCGUCGUUAUUCACGAUCGGAAUCGAUGAAUCGUUAGAUUGAAUUUUAAAGUGCUUUACAAGUGAACUAACACAUAUCAGAGUAGGCAGUACGCUAUUAUUACAUUAAUAUAGAAUGGUAUUCGCGUAAGGAUAUAUUAGAGGUUAAUAUAAAAAUAUAAAGAAGUAUAUAUAUAUACAUAUAUCUACAGAUAGAUAUAUAUAUAUGAAGAAAAAUAUAUAUAUGAACCGCGCGACUUUUAAAGUACAGGGGCGAGAAGUACAUGUCAAUCAGAUAUUUUGUACCGUCUCUAGGAAAUUAUUCUAGCGAAUCCGUUUUAUUUCUUUUUUAUAUACGUAUAUAAAUAUAUAUACACAAGUGUAUAGGCAUACAGCAUCAUGGAAGCGAAUCGUGCGCAAAGCACGGCGAAACGAAUCAUGCGAAACGCGAGCGUGACCGGGACCUUAUAUCGCUCUCUUAUUCUACAAGAAAAGUAGCGAAAAGUAUCGUUGAGCGGAAAACUCGAGAGGAAGUCGUACAUUCAACGAAUAAAAUGUAAACGAAAAAA